CCAUUGAAACUCAUUAGAAAUCCGAAUACUUUCAAGAACUUUUUCGAUCUUAAAACAUUUUCAAGAAAAGAGAGAAACUAGAAAAGAAGAUCGGAGGUCAUCAUGGUUAGAUCAGAAUUAACAAGACGAAGGUUCUUAUCUGGAAAUGAAAUGGCGCCGGCGCCGGUGAUUUCUCGCCGGACAUGUUCAAUGUCUCCGACACUAGAGACGAUUUUCGAAGAAAGGUCCGAUGAUUUUAAUCAUCACGAUCCACAUUACAGAGUCGUCGUCGUAGGACAAAGACAUCGUUUGUUUCUUCUUGUUCCGGCGAUCAUAUCCGCCGUAUCUUGCGCUUUGUUAUAUAGACAAGAUCGUGUUGUUCGAUUUUAUUAAACAUACAUACAGGCAUAUGGAGUAUAUGUUAUGUAUUUUACUGUAACUAUGUACUAUAAGCUAAAGAGUUUUAUUUAUAUAAUCUUAUGUCUUUGUUU